AUGGCCGACGAGAAGAAGAUGUACCUUCCACUCCCACCAUCUGAAUCUACUCGUUCACCAAUCAGACGACCCAGGCGGUUGAAUAAUCAAGAAGACGUCGACUAUUCCAGCUAUCUCGAGAUAUUGAGCUCAAAGCAACCUUCUGUUCCUGAGCUAAAGAGAAAUGCGGAAGAAGACAAUCAAUCGGGACCAGAGAAUAAGAGAAUUAGGAGGAAUGACUGA